UCGUCCCGGGUUGGUGGGUUCGGGUCACAUGGGUGCGCCUCGCCUCUUCCUCGCGGCAGGGGGCUCGCCCGCGGGCUGGUUUCCGGUUCGGUGGGUCGGAGAUGACGGAGCCGGGCGCCUCUCCGGACGACCCCUGGGUCAAGGUGGAAUAUGCCUACAGCGAUAACAGCCUGGACCCCGGUGAGUGUCUCCUCCACCGUCUCCAGCUCCCUGAUGACACUCCCGCCACAGCCCUAUAGAUUCCCCUGCUCUUGCCAGCCACACCUGAGCACAGUCCACUGUCCCCGAGGGCUUUUUGUAGAAAAUACCCGAAAGGGGAGUGUAGUGUCCAGAGCUAAUAGCAUCGGUUCCACCAGUGCCUCUUCCGUCCCUAAUACAGAUGACGAGGACAGUGAUUACCACCAGGAGUCCUACAAGGAAUCCUAUAAGGACCGGCGGCGGCGAGCACAUACUCAGGCUGAGCAGAAGAGGAGGGACGCCAUCAAGAGAGGCUAUGAUGACCUUCAGACCAUCGUCCCCACCUGUCAGCAGCAGGACUUCUCCAUUGGCUCCCAAAAGCUCAGCAAAGCCAUUGUCCUACAGAAGACCAUUGACUACAUCCAGUUUUUGCACAAGGAGAAGAAAAAGCAGGAGGAGGAGGUGUCCAUGCUACGCAAGGAUGUCACGGCCCUAAAGAUCAUGAAAGUGAACUACGAGCAGAUUGUGAAGGCACACCAGGACAACCCCCACGAGGGGGAAGACCAGGUCUCUGACCAGGUCAAGUUCAAUGUGUUUCAAGGCAUCAUGGACUCCCUGUUCCAGUCCUUCAAUGCCUCCAUCUCUGUGGCCAGCUUCCAGGAGCUGUCAGCUUGUGUCUUCAGCUGGAUCGAGGAGCACUGUAAGCCUCAGACCCUGCGGGAGAUCGUGAUCGGUGUUCUGCACCAGCUGAAGAACCAGCUGUACUGACCUGGCUCCUAGAACCUGCAGAAGAGCCAACAAGAGGCCUGAGUCUCCUACUUGGCCACAGAGCUACCGGGCUUAUGAGAUUGGACUGUGAUACUGCACACUGGUCCACUGGUUCUCGGUGUUUGGUUCCCCAGCACCCCCUCAUCUUCAGCGGGGCUAGGGUAUUUGUUUUAUGAAAACUUUAAUUUAUUAUAUUGACCACAAAACUCGAGCCUGCUGUCUUUCCCUCUCUCCAUAAGAGUCCUUGGGAUGGGGGAUCUGCUCUGGGGACCCCCCAAGAGCUCCUGGCCUCUCCCCUUCUAAGCCUCAGAUUUUUGCUCCUAUCUACACAUAUCUGGAAGCUACUAUUUGCAUUUGGUUUGGUCUCUUGGCCCACAUUUAGCUAUUUUGGCAGUAGUUGGACAGGAAGAAAGGAGCACAAGGAAAUAUUCCCACAGUUAUGAAGUGUGACAGCUGCCUGGUUGGCCCAAGGUGGGACCAGGGCUCUUCUGGCUGGCUCCAGGCAGGGCUGCCGGGAUCCUGCCCUCACCUGCUACUCCAUCGCCUCUCCUUCCUCCCCUACUUUGGGCACUGGAGGGAAGCGGCCUCCCUGCGUGCCCCUGCUCCUUCUACCCCCGUAGGCAAACUCUGAGCACAGCACAGAGAAGUCAAGUGUAACAGCACUACGUAUUACAAGUUGUUUUUUUUUUUUUUUUCUAAACACCAACAGUGCAAUUUUAUUAAAGUUACAAUUUUGGAAAAUGAA